CCCGCGCUUCCAGUGGCAGCUGUCGCUCGGCUGAAGCGGGGGCGCCGAAGAGCGAUCCCACAAGUGGUUCCUCCCUGCGGCCGAGUAAUUUCGCUCGGCCGGAGGAAGCGCGAGGUCCCCGGGGCGGCAGGAGAAGGAGGUCGGGUUGGCGGAGGUCGGCUUGCCGGGUACUCCUCAGAGGUGCGGGGGAGAAGGGAAGGCGCGUCAUGGUGUCGGCGGCAGACAACGAAGGAGGCUGUGCUCGUCUCUCUGCCUCCGGCAGCCUUCGCUAGGGCCCCAAGGGGAGCCCCUUGCUUCAGCCCAGCCACCUUCUCCCCUCCAGCAGCUCGGCAGGACCGUUCCGGGGCGGGCGGCGCAGCAUGGCAUCAGCCUAACAGUGGCGAGCGCAGCAGAGUCCGGGACCCGCCGCGGUGGCGGCGGCCGCUUCUCAGCCAGAAUGAGUGACAGCAGCGAGGGGAUCAUCAGCUUGCCGGUGCCCAGCCCUCCCGGCGGCGGCCCCCCCUGCGAGGAGGUGCUGGGCAGGCGAGCGCAGGGGGCAGACGCUGGCGCCCGCAGCCUUCUGCCCGAUUUGGCCGCGCCGCCGCCCGGCACCCUCUGGGCUGAGGACGGGGCCGCCGCCAGUCCGGGCAGCGCGGCGCGGGCCAAGGGUGGCGGCAGGCGGACCGCCGUCACCUACGUGAUCAACGAGGCGAGUCAGGGGCCGCUGCUGGCGGCGGAGAGUGGCGCCCUGCAGAGCCUGCGGGAGGCGUGCGAGGUGGUGGGGGCCACGCUGGAGACGCUGCACUUCGGCAAGCUGGACUUCGGCGAGACAGCGGUGCUGGACCGCUUCUACAACGCAGAUAUUGCUGUUGUAGAGAUGAGCGAUGCCUUCCGUCAGCCUUCCCUGUUCUAUCACCUGGGAGUCAGGGAGAGCUUCAGCAUGGCUAACAACAUUAUCCUCUACUGUGAUACAAAUGUGGAGUCUCUGCAGUCACUGAAGGAAAUUAUUUUCCAGAAGAAUAAUAUGUGCACUGGUAACUACAUAUUUGUUCCUUAUAUGAUAACUCCACAUAACAAGGUGUACUGCUGUGAUACCAGUUUUAUGAAGGGUCUAACAGAGCUGAUGCAGCCCAGUUUUGAGUCGCUGCUUGGGCCUAUAUGCUUACCCCUGGUGGAUCGAUUUAUUCAGCUCUUGAAGGUGGCACAGGCCAGUUCGAGCCAGUAUUUCCGGGAAUCCAUUCUGAAUGACAUCAGGAAGGCUCGUACCCUCUACACAGGCAAAGAGCUUGCAGCAGAGCUGGCAAGGAUUCGACAGCGAGUGGAUAGUGUCGAAGUCUUGUCUGCUGACAUUGUCAUAAAUUUACUGCUGUCUUACAGAGAUAUCCAGGAUUAUGAUUCCAUUGUGAAACUGGUGAAAACUUUAGAAAAACUGCCUACUUUUGACUUGGCUUCUCACCACCAUGUGAGGUUUCAUUAUGCCUUUGCGCUGAACAGGCGAAACCUGCCUGGAGACAGGCAGAAAGCUCUAGAAAUUAUGAUUCCUCUGGUAGAACAGGAAGACCAAGUAGCUUCAGAUAUGUACUGCCUGGUUGGUCGGAUUUACAAGGACAUGUUUCUGGAAUCUGGGUUUAUAGAUACAGAAAGCAGGGACAAAGGGACGUUCUGGUUCAAGAAGGCAUUUGAGUCUGAGCCCACAUUGCAGUCAGGAAUCAAUUAUGCAGUACUCCUCCUGGCAGCUGGACAUUGCUUCGAUACUUCUUUUGAGCUGCGGAAAGUUGGAGUAAAGAUCAGCAGCCUGCUUGGUAAAAAGGGGAGCUUGGAGAAACUGCAAAGCUAUUGGGAAGUGGGAUCUUUCCUGGGGGCCAGUAUGUUGGCUAAUGACCAUAUAAGAGUGAUCCAGGCUUCAGAAAAGCUGUUUAAGCUAAAGGCACCAGCAUGGUACCUGAAGUCUAUUGUAGAGACUAUUUUGAUACAUCAACAUUUUAAGAAACUGACUACAGAGCAACAUACAGCCAAACAGGAACUAGUGGACUUCUGGAUGGACUUCCUCGUUGAAGCCACAAAGACAGAUGUGUCUGUAGUUCGAUUUCCAGUUUUAAUAUUAGAACCAACAAAAAUCUAUCAACCCUCGUAUCUCUCCAUCAACAGUGAAGCCGAGGAGAAGACUGUAUCUAUCUGGCAUGUACUGCCUGAUGACAAGAAAGGUAUCCAUGAGUGGAACUUCAGUGCUGCUUCUAUCAGAGGAGUGAGCAUUUCGAAAUUCGAAGAACGAUGCUGUUUCCUGUAUGUGCUGCACAACUCAGAUGACUUUCAAAUCUAUUUCUGCACAGAACUCCAUUGCAGAAGGUUUUUUGAUAUGGUGAAUGGUAUCACUGAAGAAAUAGGGAAGACUACAGAGGAAGGGGAAUGUGAUGGAGACUCCUUAGAGUAUGAUUAUGAAUAUGAUGAAAACGGUGAGCGAGUCAUUCUGGGGAAAGGAACUUAUGGCAUUGUGUAUGCAGGACGGGAUUUGAGCAACCAAGUCAGAAUUGCUAUUAAAGAAAUACCAGAGAGAGACAGCAGAUAUUCCCAACCUCUGCAUGAAGAAAUAGCUUUGCAUAAGCAUCUUAAACAUAAGAACAUUGUCCAGUAUUUGGGUUCUCUUAGUGAGAAUGGCUUCAUAAAGAUAUUCAUGGAACAGGUGCCAGGUGGCAGCCUUUCUGCUCUUCUACGAUCAAAAUGGGGACCAUUAAAAAAUAAUGAGCAGACAAUUGGAUUCUACACCAAGCAGAUUCUUGAAGGAUUAAAAUACCUCCAUGACAACCAAAUAGUGCAUCGAGAUAUAAAGGGUGAUAACGUGCUUAUCAAUACGUAUAGUGGAGUGUUAAAGAUUUCAGACUUUGGAACGUCAAAGAGACUUGCAGGAAUCAACCCAUGUACUGAAACUUUCACUGGUACCCUUCAGUAUAUGGCACCAGAAAUCAUAGACAAAGGGCCACGUGGCUAUGGGAAGGCUGCAGACAUCUGGUCUUUAGGAUGCACAAUCAUCGAGAUGGCUACAGGAAAGCCCCCGUUUUAUGAACUGGGAGAGCCGCAAGCAGCUAUGUUUAAGGUUGGAAUGUUUAAAAUACACCCAGAGAUUCCUGAAUCCAUGUCUGCAGAAGCCAAGGCUUUCAUACUGCGUUGCUUUGAACCAGAUCCCGACAAACGAGCUUUUGCUCACGAGCUACUUAUAGAUGAGUUCCUGAAGGUUUCAAGCAAAAAAAGGAAGUCCCCAUCAAAGCUCUCAGUUCUUCCAGCUAACACAAAUGAGUAUCUUCGGAGUAUUUCCUUGCCUGUUCCUGUUCUGGUGGAAGAUACAAGUAGCAGCAGUGAAUAUGGCUCUGUCUCACCUGAUACAGAAUUAAAAAUUGAUCCAUUCUCUUUCAAAACAAGAGCCAAAUCCUGUGGAGAAAAAGAUGGGAAGGGAAUCCGGUCCCUUUUCCUGAGCAUCCCAGAUGAACAUUUUGAGGAUCACAGUGCACCUCCUUCACCGGAAGAGAAGGAUUCUGGGUUUUUCAUGCUGAAGAAGGACAGUGAAAGGAGAGCCACUCUUCACAGGAUAUUAAGUGAGGACCAAGAGGAGGUGGUGCGAAACUUGAUGGAAGCUUUGGCUCAGGGAGCUGAAGAGCCCAAGCUGAAAUGGGAACAUAUCACAACGCUUGUGUCCAGCCUCAGAGAAUUUGUACGGUCCACAGAUCGCAAAAUCAUCGCAACCACUCUUUCGAAAUUGAAACUGGAGUUAGACUUCGACAGCCAUGGUAUCAGUCAAGUGCAGCUUGUGCUGUUUGGUUUUCAAGAUGCUGUCAAUAAAGUUCUCCGAAACCAUAACAUCAAGCCACAUUGGAUGUUUGCAUUGGACAGCAUAAUCAGAAAAGCUGUGCAGACUGCUAUUACUAUUCUGGUUCCAGAAUUGAGGCCACAUUUUAGUCUUGCAUCUGAAAGUGAUACAGCAGAUCAAGAUGAUAUAGAAGUUGAAGAUCAAGAUGAACAGCCUCAGAAUCAAACUAUCCAACAGCCUUGCAUUGUCAUGGAAGAUGCAGUAGCUACUUCAGGUGUAAGCACGCUCAGCUCUACAGUAUCCCAUGACUCCCAGGCUGUUCACAGAACACUGAGUGUCCAGCUGGGCAGACUAAAAUUAGAGACAAACAGGUUAUUGGAAGAGUUGGUUCAAAAGGAGAGAGAAUUUCAAGUCCUCUUGCAUCAGGCUAUAGAAGAAAAAGAUCAAGAGAUUCGAAAUCUACGGCUGAGGUCACAGCCAAUAGAUAUUCCAGGACUGUCUGUCUGUCAUCGUCAUUCCACUGGCACGGGGACCGAAGACCCUGAUCUCAUAAACUGGCUGAAUGUUCAAGGAGCUGACGAGGCCACAAUAAACAAGUUCUUGGCUGAAGACUAUACAUUAAUGGAUGUUCUCUGUUAUGUUACACGAGAUGAUCUGAAAUGUCUGCGACUGAGAGGAGGAAUGCUAUGCACACUGUGGAAGGCCAUCACUGACUUUCGAGAGAAGCACACCUGAGACUGAAGCUUUUCUUCACUUCUCUGCAAAGAGGGAAAGAUUUCCUUUCAGCACAGAGCAGGUGUGCUGUCAGAAGGACUGUUGCACUUUAAUCCAGUAUUUGUUUACCAAUGCUAAAAACUCUGCAGCUUCCUGACUGCUUUUACUCCUCUAAUCCGUAAGGAAUCUGUAAACAACCUGCAACAUUAUUAUUUUACUUCAAACGUUUUUACAUGCAAGUUUUUCAAACAUUAAAAGCAGAACCAAACCAUUAUAAACUCAUGAAAUAUUGUAGUUAAAAGUAUCCAGGUGUUAAUUUCAUGACAAAUGAUGUAAGAUUUCAUGUGACUGUACAUCACUGGAACAAAACCAAAAUGUGACAGGAACUUCAAGUUUCUUUUUCUUUGUAAUGUAUCUCAAUAACCUGUAGUAGAACUUCAUAAUUUCAGUAAUAGAUACUUUUCUUUUAGUGUGCAAGACCUAAGGGUAAUUGUUCUUACCUACUGCCCUACAUAGUUUAAUGUUUAUUUUUGGUAAUUUAAGUUCCAUGGUGCAUCUGUUUUAGAGUUGUUUAUGUACUACUGAACUGUACCAGUUGCAUACACCUGAACCACAGUACUGUUAGCUUGUUCUAAAGCUAUCUCUGACACACACAGUUGAAAAUAAAAAGAACCUAAGACUGACUUUUUCCUAUAUUUUUGGACUUGGAAAAUACUAAAAGUGUAGAACUGAAAAAUAUUGGAAUAAAAAAGAGGAAAAAAAAUCAUACCGAGUAUCAAGGGAACCUUUCUGACACAUGCUAAAGUUACUGUGAUUUGAAUUUGAUAAUCAUAGCACUGAGUAUUUUCUCUAUUUUCCUGUUCAGUCUGAUUCCCACACUGACAGUCCAGGGCCAAACAAAAUUUUUCUCUGGGUGCUCUGCUUGACUUGAGAAAGUGAUGUCCUGACUCCACAUACUGAGUAGUCAUUGUGGCCUGUUGGUUUUUUCUGCUGUUGUUCAU